AUGGAUUUGGUCCAUUGCUUGAAUAACAGUUCUAGCCCUAGCUUGCUCAACUCCAUCGCCGGACUGGUUGCUACGUUGAUCAACAUAUACACCGCCAAAGAGGGUCAUUGGUCAGCAACCGCGAUCGCUGCUGUUGUAAUCACUGGCUCUUCAACUGUGAUCAGUGGAUACUCCCAUCAAGGAAUUCAUGGUUCAUGCUCAAAGGCACGUGACAGCUUCUGGUGCAAGGAUGAAGGGGCUUGGCAGCGAUCAAACUGUACUACAAAUCUCCUUGCUUCUGUUCUUCCAGAUGUUUUCACCACUAUUUUGGUAAAGCAAAAGAUCAGAUUCUGUCUGCCUGCUAAAAUGGAUAGAUACUACUAUCUCCCUUGUCCACUAUGUGAGCAUAACGUGGUUAUAUCCCAAACUGAGCAUUAUCGAGUCUUGCCAUUAGACCGAACUCAAGAAGCCGUCAUGAUGAAAAGUCCCAGAUGGGAACCUCCUCAUAAAAUUAAAGUCGGAGAUCUUUGUUUUAUUCAAGGCCGGAGCUACCCCAAGAUCAGCUAUUUGCAAAGAGCGUGGCUUCUACAUAAGAGAUGCCUUGAGUUUGUUGAACAGCUUUCCACAACAAAGCUGUAUCACUUACUAGAUCUGAUCGAACCGACUUUCCUCGCACGAUCUGCGCCGAAGACCAGUGUACAUGGUGCUUUCUACUACCCCCAGCCGAAGAAGGAUGACCCGAACUACGCAGAGAAGGUGAUACCGCACUCAGAGACUACAUAUAUUGAUCAGUUGAUGAGUUUCGCCAAGUAUUUGUGGAUGUUCAUACAUGGAUUUCUGCUCCGGCCCCUACCAGGCGAUCGUCAAACGCCUUUUUUCCAGAGAUUACCAGAAGAGAUUUGGGAUAUGAUUCUUGAACAUGAUAUUGGCCGAUUACUGUUUGUUCUGGAAACCGCAUCUCAGCUGACAGGCAAGAGGGAUACUCCUCUCAUCAUCCCAACUGAGAGAUUCACAAUCAAAGAGUCAAAAAUUCGAAGCCCUGCCAUACGGAUUCAUUGUCGUAACAUCGGACGACGAUCAUAUAUCCAUCAUGUCUCCAAUCCUACAGACAGCGAUACCGAGGGCGACAAUUUGGUGGACUACAUGCUUAAUGAUAGCAAGUAUCUUGCCAUCAAAAGUGAUGGAAUCGGUGUUGUGGACAUCUCUUUUGAACAGAGAAACGGCCAACCACAUUGGGCUUUGGACACUCCUGUUCGACCCUUCCAUGCGGAGAUAUCUGAAAUCAGAGCUACAGAACUCCAGUGCUUGCGGAUUAUCUGCGACUCUCAGAAAUGCCGUGCAAUUAUUCCGUCCAAUCGAACUGGGCCAGAGCCUUUCUUCUCCAAGACACCCUUUCCCCCGAAUAAUUGCUGGGUUGACUGUGGAUUCUCAGCAUUAGAACUCACUCCUGGCAAUCCUUUCAUCCACAUCGCAAAGGCAACAUACAUUCCGUUUGCGAACCUUGAGAAGAUUGCACUAGAAGUGGAUACCAGCCGGCUUGGAAUUACAGAAAUCAGACUUGAUUCAAAAGAUGAGAGAGAUCAUGUUGUUCAUUUCCCUCAACCUCCCCGGCAGGUGAAGUUCCAGGUUUGUACCGUGCCACUUGGCUUCAAGUAUCCUUAUCUCCAGGUCAGUCCAUUCUGCUCUAUGUACAGAUGGCAUCUAUUCUAAUAACCAUAGUUUGAGGUUAAUGGGCAAUGGCUACCCCAAACUCCAUCAGGAUGCACAAUACUUCGAGAGGAGUUGGUGCAUAAUGUUAUAGGAAUGUGGUGGGCACGAACUUUCCCAUUUAUACCCAUACAUAUUGGUUUUGUUGUGUCCCAGAAGACAGAUCUUAAAAAUACCUUGAUGAACUAGCUUUUUUGAGCUAUUAAAGAAUGAAUCUGGUCGGUAGAAAUACAAAGGAAUUGAUCCUCCUCUUGUUGCAUCUUAGACAUUAAAAUACUCUAAGCAGUGCUCUAAAAUCGCCACAAUUCUUGCUUCAUCAGCAUCAAAAUCCAAGGGCUCAUUAGACCUCCACCCCUUGAGGUUGCAAAUGCAAAUCCCUUGCGACGUCCUCCCUGAGCAACAGCCUUCUGGGUGACUUCCUCGACCAGUGUGUUUCGUAGCUCAUUGAUGUCUUGAGUUGCUGAGACUCUGCCAAACACAACAAUACUUCCUCCGAGUGUUAUGAAUAAUGCCUGGCUUGUCCUGGGUGGCUGGAAGGCAGUUUUGACUUCCUGCUGGAUGCCAGCACUCGGUGCGAUUCUUCGAAGGUUUUCAUGAAGAAAAUUGACAACAAAGUCAGUCACGUUUGCCAGAUUCCCAUGUUGUGCUUUAUCAUGCAUGGUGGCAAUGGUUCCUGUUGGCUCAUUCAUGGUCUUGAGGAUCAUCAGCUGUGUACUUAAUCAGUUUAACUCUCUUUGACACAUACCAUGAGGAUGGCCGGCCUGUAAAAUGCCGCUGCUGUUUGGGGUCGGGUGAAGUUAGAUCUGCUAUUUUCAGUCAAUCUAUGCCAGAGACUGGAGAAAGAAUUUCAAAAUCAAAAGACUCAGACUACAGGCCUUAUUUAAUUCAUGCUCAUGGUUCCAACUCGCUUAAUUCCUUGCUUUUCGAGGUUAGCCUAUCGGAUAUCUUGCUCAAUUUGAUUGGCUUAUCUAGGUACAGCAUCAGACAUUCCGGCCGGAUAAAAUUUCAGUUUCAGCAGCCAGAGCAUGAUGGCAGUGGUCAUACAUGCAGCGAGCGGAACUAGCUGGAGGAAGCUCUAUUGGAUGGUAUCAAAUCUGGGCCACCACUGUAGUAUGUUAUACUCGCGAUGCCGGAAGGCUUGGCAGUGCGAGAAAGCCUUAGUCCAAUAGGAAAUAUAGGAACCUCAUGCAUGCAAAAUCCAUACCGCAGAAAGAGUACUACUUGCAAAGGUAAUUUGAAAGGGGAAUAUUUCGGCCCUAGCUGUCGGACUGAUUUGGAAUCCUUUCCCAGUGAUAGAUCACAUUUCUAUAUACUUCCACUUUCUUCCUUGCCCCCUGACUCUCCGCUCGCACUCACUGCACUGAAUGUGAAAUGGAACACCAUGGUUCUCGAGUCCAAAAUUACUCUCCAGAUCCUGCUGGUCAAUAAACCACUGGAUGGUGUUUGGGAACAUGCUUACUUCAUGUAUAGCAUCAUCACGACACAGGGCGAGGGUGACUGUCUCCUUGAGAUCUCGAACGCAGAACCGAACCGGCCGGCAGUAGCGCUGGCAAGAUUCGCAUAUAUCCUCCUCCGCCAGGCAGAAGCCUAAGUUCAAGCUGUCUUUGUAGAAGCAGAGAGUGGUGGGGCGUAAUGAUAACAAAGCCUGGAUGAUAGGCCGCGGUGGCGCGCGGCACUGAAGGGAGCCAACACAGUAGAAUAGACCAGAAUGGAAAUCUGGCACGGCGUCCAAUAUGAAGUAGAAGCACGACACCAGUAGCAGGAUGAGUGCUUCUUCUAUCCUUUUCCGGGGUUGCUUCCGCACCCACUGUGACAUGGAUUCCGUGGCGUCUGCAUCGUUCAUCGCCGGUGGUGCUCCUGAAAAUGGAAAGUUGAUACGCAUAAACUGUUUCUGCGUCAGUGGAUCAAGGAGGUUCCAGAUCUCCCGCCAGGACUCCUCCCCAUCAUAUGACGCGUUGAAGGCCCGGUAGCCCCGGGAGAGCCACCCAUCC